CCCGGAGGAAAUGGCGAACUUCGGUAUUAGACGGCUGGCAAGCGUCCCAGAGUGACCAUUCCACAUCUGUCUCUGGUUCAGUUCAGACGUUGACGUUGCCAAAGACGAAAGGACCAGCCAAUAUGAAGACCUGCGUACUCCUUUUGUUGACAUCAGCCGUGCUUUUGCACGAAGUGCUUGGCGGCGGCUACGGCGGAGGUGGCUACGGUGGUGGCGGUGGUUGGGGCGGUGGUGGAGGCGGUGGUUGGGGCGGAGGCGGCGGAUAUGGUGGCGGCGGUGGUUGGGGAGGCGGAGGCGGCUACGGAGGCGGGGGCCACAGUCACGGCGGGGGUCACGUGAAACCCGUGCCAACAAAGCACGUCCACGCCACGGUCGACGUCAACGUAAAGAUCACAAAGGAGGUGCGCCACACGUCCGGAUAUGGUGGUCAUGGCGGCGGAUAUGGUGGUCAUGGUGGCGGAUAUGGUGGAGGCGGAUAUGGCGGCGGAUACAGCUCUGGAGGUGGUGGACAUCACUUCGGCCUCUUGCACAAGCUCAAGAGCAAGUUACACCACCUCCACCAUGGUUGAAGUGUGGAUGCUUCAGAGUCGCCAUUAUCUGCAAGCUACCUGCGGCAAUGUCUGGAAUGGAAGCACGACAUCUGUGUUCUAGUUGCGGCCUCUUCAAAUUUUAGCACGCUAGUUGCAUUUUGAUUGCAUUUUAGAACGUGAGCUGAAGCUCUUGCUCAACCUACACACGCUAAAGAAAAGUAUAUGGCGUACGAAAUGUGGCCUCAGUUAUAUUUAUUUCAAUAUUUUCAUUGUUGUGAAAUGUCUUUCGUUAUAGAACAGACACUAUCCAUUGUGAAUACAACGCCUUAGCGAAGUGCGAUCAACGCUACUUGUCCCUCACUACAUGUUCAUCUGAGCGCAAAGAGAUAACGUUUCCACGUCCUACUGGUAUUUAAUCUUAUCUCUUAUGUAAUAUGGCAUGGGGAGAAUAACGCGGCUGAGUUGACUGCUCGUGUAUAGGCCCUUGAAAUGAAGCCGUACUCACCUUUCCUGCUGACGUAUAGAGCUCGUCAAGCUCUUCAUGUCUUUGUUUUCUUCACACAAGAUUUUCUCUGACGUGAAACUCAUCUUUGUUUGCACUGUGGCUUAAUAAGAUUUGUUCGUGAAUUUAAAACGCCCCAAGGGUGCGCAACAAAUCUUGCCUUCCUGGUUAAAAAGCGCAUUAUGUCAUGCAUCAGUUCUUCGAACGCGCCGCUUAAAGUCAAUAAGGGGUUUGAGGGAAAGUUUAUUUUCGCUACAGCUUUGUACAAGAAUGCAAGUUUUGUUGCCUAAAGAAACAUACUUUUUCUGUCUUUAACGCUUUACCUUGAAUCAUAGUAUUUUAAAAAGACUUUCUUAAUCUAUAGUUUCGUCAACUACGGGCACCUUAUGCAGCUCAUAAAGAUAUAUAUACAAAGUUUGUCUUGGAAAAGCGACUUCUUAUCGGUUAAUUUCCCUUAACACUAUUUUUGUUGUUGUGGUGCAUACAUUGAUGCCUACGAAAAAAGCAGUUGAAACAAUUAAAUGUCGUUUAGGAAUACUUAUAUAUUCUGGCUCCUAAAUAGCAGUGAAAAAUUAGCAGAAGCAAGCUCAAAUCGAAGGAUGCAUCUGUGAUACUUUGCUGUAAAGUUGUGCUGUCAAAUACUUCUGGCAGGUAAUAAAAAAAAAGAAACAUAUUUGACGCCGCGGACCUUCCGUGUCAUACAUUAUUUACAUAUGCUGUUGCAUAGCGCACUUGUAUAUACUGAAAUGCUCUGCACAUAUUUUGUACAAAGAAAAUUUGAAUAAAUUGUUACGUUUACUAUA